AUGAACCAACAGCAAAGCAAAAAUCUCAAUGAGUCGCGCAUUUCGAGGUUUCGAUCAAAUCCGAAUUUACGAAAGCUCAGUAUGAGACAAGUGCAGUUCAACGAGAGCAAGAAGAGGCUGUUGUCGGGGAUCUCUGGUUUGAGUUCAGGGAGCCGUGUGUUUUUCCACAGACGCGGAGAUCGAUUGAAGAUUCCCAAGUACCAAAACACCUAUCGACUCGAAUCAUUCCAUCCCUUCCACAUCGAGGUGGUCGAUCAGAUAGUGAAGGAGACGAUGGAGAGUAAGCUAUCACCGGUGACAUCCUAUCAUCCGAAUCACAUGGCGAAAUUAUGUUUCGAGAUUGGAUCUGACUUGCAAAAUGUGCUCUGCAAAAAGGAUUUCGAUAGGUACAAAUUGGUGGUACAGGUGUCAAUAGUUCAGCGUCUUGAUCAAAGUGUACACUCGGGCUUUCAGUGCCUGUGGGACGUGGAACGAGACAAUUAUUCGUACCAUGUUUUCGAAAACAACCACAUUUACGCGUGGUGUUGUGUGUUUGGCAUGUAUUACGAGUGA